AUGAAAAGAGAAGCAGGUGAAGAUGAUUCAAAGCCACUGCCCGAGGCGCUUGCCAAUCUGGAGGAAAAAUUCAAGCAAGUCCGAGCAGAAGGGAAACGUCCAGACCAAGAAUCCGCAUUCAUCAGUCCUAACUCAGAAUCAGAGCGGCUUUGGCAGCACUUUGGCCAAAGGCGACUGGAAAAAGGGAUUGUAAAAAUCUGCGAUUGUUCAGCUACGUCGGCUCAAAUUGCCAAGAAUUUGGUUCUAUCAGGAAUAAAGACUGUUGAUAUGUACGAUACCAAAGUAGUCCGUCAAUCAGACAUAGGAAACCAUUUUUUCUUGGAUCAAGCAAGCUUAGGUCAAAAUCGAUCGAAAGAGUGUCAAAGAUUGCUCAACGAAUUAUCCACUUCCAAACGUCGACCUGUUGACUACAACGACUAUGAAGUGCUGGGCGAGGAAUACUUCGGCGGCUUUGAUGAUUUCCACGGAUUCUGGGAAUGGAAUACGCACAUCUGCGUCCGAAUGUUAGCCUACGAUGAAUGUGCUACCAGUCAAUAUUGUUGGGACUUCAAUGUGCCCACAAUAUCGGUUCAGACUUGCGGCUUAGCGGCAAGUAUUCGGGUCCAGCUUCGAGAGCAUAUUAUGAUCCCAACCAAUCCAGCCUCUCUUGCCGAUUUGAGGUUAGAUUGCCCCUUUCCAUCCUUAUCUGAAUACGUAAAUUCUUUGGAGAUGGACAAGAUGAACGAUCUUGAACAUGCUCACAUCCCGGCCGUUGUGAUCAUCAUCCGCUUUUUAGAAAUCUUCAAAUCAAAGCACGACGGAAAUUUACCUCAAGGCCCGGCUCAGCAAGAGGAAUUAAAGCAGAUGAUCUUGGCAGAAAAGAGAAAUGUGGAUGAAGAUAACUUUGACGAAGCAGUGGGCAUGAUUUGGAAUGCCUGUCAACCAACCAAAGUGCCCGAAAACGUAGAAGAAUUAUUCAAAAAUCCACAUUGUGAUAAGAUCCCCUGGCAUGACGGAUGGUUUUGGUCACUAGUGAAAACCUUACGAAACUUCGUGAAACAGAAUCCCAGCCAUCAAUUACCUUUGGCUGGAGUGCUUCCAGACAUGAAAUCGGAUACGAAAAACUAUGUCAAACUCCAAUCAAUCUAUCAUCAACAAGCCUUGAAAGACUUGGAAACGUUCAAGAAAAUUAUGGAUGACACUGACGAAUCAACAGAAGAGGAAUCUGGAGAGGAGACAGAGGGGGAGGAGGAGGAGGAGAAGGAUCGGGGCCCGGGGAAGAAGGAGGAGAAGAAGAAGGUGAAAAAGGAGGAGGAAGAAGACGAGGAGGAAGACGAGGAGGAGGAGGAAGACGAGGAGGAAGAUGAGGAAGAGUAUUGUACCGAUAUGGGGCAUUAUACUGAUGGACCCGAUCUUGACGUUUCUUCUGAGAUGCUUGAGACUUUUGUCAAAAAUUCCGCCCACAUACGUUUGAUCCAGGGAGAAAAAUACGAAUCACCACCCAAAGACUGGGUUGCCAAAUUCGAGAAGGAAUGUGAGCCUGCAAAUGAAGAAUACGUUGUUACUUGGUACUUAGCAUUCGAAGCGAUGGCCUUUUACAGGGUGAAGAACAAGGGUGCAUAUCCUGGGAUGUGUGAAGGACAAGAAGAUGAAGACUUUGAUCAACUUUCUAAGUUUGCCCUUGACCGUUUAACUGCAUCCAAAUUGCAUCAUGAGAUGGAGAAAAAGCUUCCUGAAAAACUCAAAAAAGUUUUGAAAGAAAUGUGA